AUUCGCUUUAUUUAGCUAGUUGGCGCUACACGGGUUUGAGAGGUCGAGGCUAUAGUUGACGUCAGAGCCGUCUAGUGUACAGAGACGUCACUGCGAAGUGCAGAAUCACGGAUGUGCGCAAGACGCUAGCGCGCUAUCUGACUAACAUUUUCGUUCUGUAUACCGUUUCGUUCUCUAACUGAUCAUCAGAUACUGCGCGGUGAGAUGAGAAAUCGCAAGUCGGCUGCAACUCGAAUCGUUCUUCGGCUGGCUAGUCUGGCUUUUGGUGUCGUAGUGCUCGCCUGCAUUGCUGACAAGCUCUUCGUCGAUGGCUAUUACUAUUACAGUAAAGUAUGCUAUUUCGACUUACAAAAUUCAGCUUGUGAGUUUGGUUUGGCUUGUGGCUCACUGUCUCUGAUUCUGUCCGUCGUAUUCUGUACUUUGGACUGUGUGGCUUUUGUGCGUGAGAUCAAAAAUCCAACUCGUCAAAUCAUCAGCGUUACGAGCGGCAUUCUGGACUUAGUCAUGGCAAUCUUGUGGAUCGCCUGCUUUGGCUAUUUAACACGGACUUGGAUUGUUAUGGCUGUAUAUGAUUUCGGUACAGAGAUUGAGGGACGAGUGUAUGCAACUCUCGCUUUCAGUUUUCUGUCAAUUCCUAUGUGGAUCAUCAUGGCGGUUGUUGAUUUUCGAAAUCGAGCUGAUGUUGAUGCCUCUCGUACAAACCAAGCCACUACUGUCUGCUAUCCUGUAAACCCUCCUGUCUACUGUCCUGGGUAUUCUCCUGGCAACUCUGUGAUAGUCUACCAUCCUGCAUACCCUACUCAGUCGGGCAGCUGUGUGAUCCAGCCUUUUGUGUACCCUCCUGGCAACCCUGUUGAUCACCCUCUCGCCUACCCUGCUUUCACAAUGAAGCAGUAGAGUGCUUGUUUUAUUGUAACAAUGCUUGUAAUUGCAAACGUAACGUUUAGCAUGUUUUCGUCUGAUGCGCAAUUGCGUAUCUCGACAGUUGGAAAUAGUGUGUAGAUACGUCAAACUGGUAGAUGAUUUAGUCCUAGCCUCUUUAGCUAAACAUGCUAUGUAGCUGGCAGUCUUCGUGGUCAGUACAGUACCCAGAUGUUGCUGUUUAGUUAAAAAUUGAUGUAACUGCUUAUUUUCAUUGUCAAUAAA